AUGUUACAUCUCAGUUUCACAGGACAGAUUCAAACAGGCCUUGUAUAUUUUUCUCUGGCGAUUCUACCCCUGUGGUAUUUGGUACCUUACCUUUUAUCCCCCCUUCGCCAGUUUCCUGGCCCAUUUCUUGCCGGAUGGACCAACCUAUGGCGAAUGUAUCAUGUCCGGCGGGGAAACUAUCAUUUGGUGAUCCAGAAGUUACAUAAAAAGUACGGUCCUGUGGUGCGGAUAGCGCCCAACAUCAUAGACUUGGAUAUUCCUGGGUUGGUCAAGACCAUUUACAACACCAAGGAGAAUUAUCUCAAGACGGAGUUUUACCACGGUAGCAGUGCAGUGAAUAAUGGCAAGAUUAUCUACAAUCUAUUCAGCGAGUGCAAGCCAGAAGUCCAUUCGGCACAAAAACGACCCGUCUCCAAGUACUUCUCUCUGAAUGGAAUUCUCACGCUUGAACCUCACAUCGACAACAUAAUUCAGUACUUUUGCCAACGCCUAGACGAAAAGUUUGUGGAUGGACCAAAUUCUUCUCAAAUAUGUGACCUUGGAGAAUGGAUUACUUACUAUACUUGGGACGUCGUUGGCCAAGCUACAUUUAGUCAACCGAUCGGAUACCUAGAAAAAGGCUACGACUUUGACGGCACGCUCGGUACGGCUAAUAUUGCUAUGGAUUAUUUCACCCUAGUCGGACAGAUGCCAAUACUUGAUCAUCUACUUGACAAAAACCCAAUUUAUAAGCUUGGGCCACCCUCUUUCGGUACCAUCACCAAUAUCUCGAUCCAACAUCUGGUGGACCGUCUCCAGGGCAGUGAUUCCAGCUAUCAUGACACAGAGAAGCCGGACUUCCUAGACAAGUUUAUUGAGGCAAAGGGCAACUUCCCAGACGUUGUUGAUGAUACGCUGAUUAUCUCUUGGUUAAUGGUCAUUAUGAUUGCUGGAGCGGACACCACGGCUAUCACCCUUAAUGCGGCGUUAUACUACUCGUUAAAACAACCAGGUGUCUGGCAGCGCCUCCGAGAGGAAAUUCCUGUCCACGAUUCUAAUUCGCCAUCUUCGGCGACAUCCUACAAGGAUUCCAGAAACUUUCCAUACUUGAAUGCUGUUGUCCGUGAGGCAUUGAGGUGCCAUCCCGGCGUUGCCAUGAUUCUUGAACGAUAUGUACCAAAUGGAGGUCUUAAUCUCCCCGAUGGACGCCAUGUGCCGGCCGGUUGCGUGGUUGGAAUCAAUCCUUACGUUAUCGGGCGUAAUGAGUCAGUAUUUGGCGAGGAUGCUGAGAUAUUCCGCCCUGAGCGAUGGCUUCGCGACGAGAAACUGGAGACUGAAGAAGAAUUCCAGCAACGCCUUCGCCUCAUGAACAAUACGGACUUAGCAUUUGGAGGCGGUAGCCGUAUCUGUAUCGGCAAGCACCUGGGUCUUGUUGAGGUGUAUAAGGUUCUCGCUACCCUUAUUUCGCGCUAUGAUAUAAGUUUUGUCGAUCCAACUAAGGAAUGGUCGACCCACAAUAGCUUUUUCGUGCGACAAACUGGCAUCGAAGUGAAGCUAUCCCGUCGAACAUGA